AUGGCUGCACUCUCCUCAGCUUUGUGUACCGUACGACCUAAAGCCGUUGUUUAUCGCGGUCCAGCGUCAUCCCCAGGCUGUCCUGAGGCCAUCGGUCACCUUUUAGAAUCCUCGCCCUACCAUUUCAAGGUCAUUUACGCUGGUCCGAAAGAGCAAGUCGACGUCACCGACGAAACACUGCAGGGCGCCACGAUUUACGCUCAUGGUGGCGGUCCAAAUUGGGAAAAGGCGUACCGGCAGACGAAGAACUACCAAAAGACGAUCCAGAAGUUUGUUGGUAAUGGGGGCCAUUACAUGGGCUUCUGUCUAGGCGCGUAUCUUGCUGGGCCCAAUGACGGAUACGACUUACUGCCUAGAGGCGUGGAAACCGAUCAAGAGAUCGAGAGACGACGCGCACAGGUCAAAGAUGAGGGUGAUACGGUCAUUCAAGUCGAUUGGACCUUUGGUUGCGGAAGAACUGAUAAGAAACGUUGGCUGUACUUUCAAGACGGUGUUGUCAUCAAAGGUCUAAAUGAAAAGACACUUGGACAUGUCAUCGGAAGAUAUUCUUCUAAUGGCGACGUGGCUGCUUCAGUCACACCAUACGGUAAAGGUUGGGUUGGGCUUGUUGGGCCUCAUCCAGAAGCUGACAAGACCUGGUAUGAAGAUGCUGAGAUUGAGAAUCCGGAAGGUAUUAGAUAUGAUAUCGGGCAUGACUUCAUCCAGGAAACUCUGAAAGGUGGUUCUGGAAGAGCGAUGGGGGCCAUUGAUGGAUGCAGUCCUAGUUAA